CGGGACGCCAGGCUCGGCUGGGCUACCGGACAGCGCCUCCCGUUCUCCCGGGUUCCCUGCUGCUCGGAGCCGGCGGCGGCGGGCGGCAGGCGGCGGGCGGCAUGCACGUGUGAGAUGCGGCGUUGGGCAGCCGGGACGCGAGCCGCGGCGGAGCAGGCGGGCGAGGCCUCCUCAGAGCGGGGCGCGCAGUGCAUGAGGGCGAGCACGCGGGCGCCGGGCAGCCGCCGGCCACGCCGCCUCCAUAAACACUUGUUUAGGACUCGUUCGCCCCGCUGAGGCCCCGACGCCGCCAUGGAGGCCCCGCCGGACCCCGCGCCCCUUGCCGCCGCUGAGGCCUUGGCCCCGGCUCCGCUGCGCGCCCCGGAGGUGGCGCGGCUCCGCGAGGAGCAGGAAAAGGUGGUCGCGAGCUGCCGAGAGAGCGUCCAGCACUGGAAGAAGGUGGACGACGACUACUGUGCCCUGCAGGAGAGACUCGGCACGCUGCCCGAUAAGCUGUCCUACAACGUCAUGGUACCGUUUGGCCCCUUUGCCUUCAUGCCAGGAAAACUUGUCCACACUAACGAAGUCACCGUUUUGCUUGGGGACAACUGGUUCGCAAAGUGUUCAGCAAAGCAGGCCGUGGGCCUAGUCGAGCAUCGGAAAGCACACGUGAGGAGGACAAUAGAAGAUUUAAAGAAAGUGAUGCAAAAUUUUGAAUCCAGAGUUGAAUUUACGGAAGAUUUGCAGAAAAUGAGUGAUGCUGCAGGUGACAUUGUUGACAUAAGAGAAGAAGUUAAAAGUGACUACGAAUUUAAAGCAAAACACAGAAUCGCUCAUAAACCUCACUCCAAGCCCAAAACUUCCGCUAGAGCCGAAGCAGAGUUUUCCGACGGUGUGAAGGCCGAGGCUCCGCUGGCGGACGAGGCGCUGUGGGCCCGGCUGGAGGAGCUGGAGAGACGCGAGGCGCUGCUGGGCGAGCUCGACAGCGAGCCCGGUCCUGUGACCGCGAACGGAGAGGACGCCCUGUCUUCUGAGGAGGAGAAGGGGGAGCAGAGCGGAGAAGUGCACGGGCCGCGCCCCGGGGCCCCGGCUCCCGGCCGCUGUGACGGGGACGCCGCAGACCCCGGGCUGCUCAGCGGUCGCGUGAACGGUCACGCACACUGCUCCGUGAAUGGGCUGAGUUCUUACCACAGUGAUGAGGAGGAGGACGACGAGGAGGACGAGGAGGACGAUGGCGAUGACAGUGAGCCUGUGCACCACGCUCCAGGGGCUGGACGCGGCUCUGUCCCGACGAUUCACUUCUCCCACACUGUGGAGCCCAAGAGGGUUCGAAUAAAUACUGGAAAAAAUACCACUUUGAAGUUCAGUGAAAAGAAGGAGGAAGCCAAGCGGAAGCGGAAGAACAGCUGUGGCGGCGGCCACCCUGCCCCCGAGCUGCCCACCAUCAGGACCCCGGCGGACAUCUACAGGGUCUUCGUGGACCUCGUGAACGGCGAGUAUGUCCCCCGGAAGUCCAUCCUGAAGUCACGCAGCCGGGAAAACAGCGUCUGCAGCGACACCAGCGAGAGCAGCGCGGCCGACUUGGAGGAGCGCCGCGGGCCGCUGCGGGGCCUCAGCUGGGAGGAGGCCGCGGGCGGCGAUGCCAGCGAGAGCAUCCUGGAGGAGGGGCAGGAGAGCCGGCCGCACAGCCCCGCGCCCCCGGCGGGGCCGCCCGAGGUGCAGGCUUUCUCUGGAGCCGUGAUCGAGAAGGACGUGCGGCCGCCCUGCUCGGCCCCGCGCCCGGCCGGGGCUCCCCCUCUGCUGCCCCCCAUUCCCGAGCGGAAGGAAGUUCUGUCGGAAGCAUCAGAAGCAGUUACAAAGAGGGUGUCCAAGUUCAAAGCUGCCAGAUUGCAGCAGAAAAACUAGGCCCUGCCGAGGAAGGGGACUCGAGCACGAACGCCCGGCUCUCGUGUGCCCUGCGCGUCCUGGACGCGCUCCCUGGAGCGGGAGGCGAGGGGCGGGGCCGACUCGGAGCAGGUUCCCGCCCCUGCCGGUGGCGCCGGCCCCGCCUGCCCGGCCUGCCCCGCACGCUGCCUGCACACGCGUCCCAGUUGGCCUCGCGGUGCAGUGGCGGCCUCUCCCGGUGGCUUCAGAGAACCUGUUCGUGUGCAGCGUGUCCCUGUGUCGAACUGAACGCAGGCAGUUUCGCACCAGCUGUGAUGUGCGAACACCAUAUGGACCAUUUUAAGGAAACUAAAAACUUCAAAUAGAUUCAAGAAUUAUAUUACUUGCUUUAGCAUUUUGAAGGCACUUUAAAAAAAUCUACUUCUUGUAGGUUUUGCAGCUUGGCGGCUGUGCAAGGACCCUGUCCCCUUUGUCCGUCAUUCUGUGACCUCGAAGGCAGGAAGCCGCACGGAGCCCACGGGAAAGUUUCUUUGGUCGGGAGAAUGGUAUUUUGUAAAACGUUUUUUUCGAGUAAAAAUUUUAUGAAACUUGC